UUUUGGUUGGUCUCAAACGUUGCCUAGCAACGAGCUUUUAGAUCUGCGAAUCCAACUGUGGGUAGCUUACUGGCUUGGUCAAGGCAGUAAAUCCAGGCGAAAUGUCUUCUUUGCAUUUCCCCUAUAUUGCCCAUUAUAUCGAUCCAGGCUUUCCCAAUUGUUUUAGGCAACUAACUGAUCGCACAGUUGCCAAUGUCAGACGGAACUAACAUCGGCUAUUGAGAUUGAAAAACAGCAACUUUCAUGAUCUAGAUAAGUUAAGUAACGUUAGCUUUGCAUUUGGUAGCCAACUGUUCGGGUAUCAUGAUUCUGUCAAGAGUAAAACCUGCUGUUGGAGGAGAUGGUCCUACCAGCGUGAGUGAAAAGAAGAGGAAAAACAAGGCGAAGAAAAUUCCUCGAUUGGAGGAUUAUAUGAAUCAACGAGACUAUAUGGGCGCAAUGACUCUGCUGGAGUUUCAAGACAGUGGUGGGAUUGUGGAGGAACAUGCAGGCCUUUGGAUUGGAUACUGUUCCUUUCAUCUAGGAGACCACAAAAGAUCAAUGGAGGAGUACAAGGCUCUGACCCUCAAGGAAGACUGUCCUGAGGAGGUGUGGGUCCACUUAGGAUGCUCCCUGUUUUUCCUUGGGCUUUAUAAGGAAGCUGAAGAAGCUGCACUGAAAGGUCCAAAGUGUCAAAUGCAAAAUCGGCUCCUCUUCCACUUGGCUCACAAGGUGUUCAGUGAUGAGAAGAAACUGAUGGGUUUUCACCAGAAUCUGGAGGACGUGACUGAGGACCAGCUCAGCCUCGCCUCGAUCCAUUACAUGCGCUCACACUACCAGGAGGCCAUCGACAUCUACAAACGCAUCCUCCUACAGAACAGAGAUUUCCUGGCCCUCAACGUGUACGUAGCCCUGUGCUACUAUAAGCUGGACUACUAUGAUGUCUCUCAGGAGGUCUUGGCCGUGUACCUGCAGAGUAUCCCUGACUCCACUAUUGCCCUCAACCUCAAAGCUUGCAACCAUUUUCGGCUCUACAAUGGAAAAGCUGCAGAGGCUGAGUUAAAGAACCUGAUUGACAUCUCCUCCAGCUCUUUUGAAUUCGCCAAGGAGCUUAUUCGGCACAACCUGGUCGUGUUCCGUGGCGGGGAAGGGGCCUUACAAGUCUUACCACCUUUGAUCGACGUCAUUCCCGAGGCUCGACUUAACCUGGUCAUCUACUACCUCAGGCAAGAUGAUGUUCAGGAGGCGUACAAUCUCAUUAAAGACCUGGAGCCCACCACACCCCAGGAAUAUAUUUUGAAAGGUGUGGUCAAUGCUGCGCUAGGACAGGAAAUUGGAUCUAGAGAACAUCUGAAGAUUGCGCAACAGUUCUUUCAGCUGGUGGGAGGGUCAGCCAGCGAGUGUGACACAAUACCGGGACGGCAGUGCAUGGCCGCGUGUUUCUUCCUGCUCAAGCAGUUUGAGGAUGUGCUCAUCUAUCUGAACUCAGUCAAGAGCUAUUUCUACAAUGAUGACACUUUCAACUUCGACUACGCUCAAGCUAAGGCUUCCUUAGGGAACUACAAAGAGGCCGAGGAGGUGCUCCUGAUGAUCCAGAAUGAGAAGAUCAGGAAUGACUACGUGUACAAGAGCUGGCUCACUCGCUGUUACAUAAUGAAUAAGAAGGCCCGUCUGGCCUGGGAACUGUAUCUGAAGAUGGAGACCUCUUCAGAGUCCUUCAGUCUCCUGCAGCUCAUCGCUAAUGACUGCUAUAAGAUGGGCCAGUUUUAUUUCGCGGCCAAAGCGUUUGAUGCCCUUGAGCGGCUCGACCCCUGCCCUGAGUACUGGGAGGGGAAGAGGGGAGCCUGUGUGGGGAUCUUCCAGCUUAUACUGGCGGGGAGAGAACCCAGAGAGACGCUGAAGGAGGUCCUCCCCAUGUUGAGAAGCACUGGCAACCCCCAGGUGGAGUACAUAAUCAGGAUACUAAAGAAAUGGGCCAAAGACAACAGGGUUGCCAUUUCUUUUCAAGGCAGUUGAAUCUUUCGAAAGUCGAAAGCUGAAAAAUCUUGUCAAGGCAAUGAUUACGUCAUGCAAUUACUUUUGCAAGUAGAAAGCACAAUAUCACAGACAUGUAAAUGUUCGAUUCCUAGGUGGAUUUAUCAUGUUAUUAAUUAUUUUAAUGGAGUUCUGCAGUGGGUACAAUGCUGAAAUAUGGUAAAUACUGUCAUAUAACACUGUCGUAUACAACAUAUUAGGGGCAGUGGUGUCAUCAAUGCUUACUUUGUUCUGAUCUACAUUUCAUGUGAAACAGAACUGCAAUACUGUGUAACGGACUGACAUGUACACUCUACAUCCAUGAAGUAGACAUACAGUUGCAUCAAAAAUCAUUUUAGUACUUUGGAAAUAAAUGAAAUAUAUAUUUAUCGGUAUUUUACUUAUUGUUCAUAAAAUCAAAGUAUUUCAAAAACAUUAAGACUUGAUAAAUGUCUGUACAUAAGAAUCCUGAGCUGUGUUUUGUAGUACUUAAAUGUACAGUUUAUAUCACAUUUUAUGCAAUGUUGUAUUGAACGUUCCAGAGUAAAACA